AAGGCCGCCUCCUGGAGACCCAGAGACCAGAACAAAUAUGAAUUUAAAGCUGGGGUGGCGGAGCAGUGUGAGGCUGCCCGGACCCCAGAGGAGGCCUCCGUGCCCCGGGCCAUGGUCCCCUCUCGCAGGACGUGGAACCUGGGAGCCACGCCCUCACUGCGGGGCCUGUGGAGAGUGGGCCGAGCCCCGGAGCCCGAGCUGGGGAUGGCUCGCCCCGCCCCAGCCAGCCCAGCUGCCCGCCCUUUCCCACACACCGGCCCGGGGAGGUUGAGAACUGGGCGUGGAAAAGACACCCCGGUCAGUGGUGACGAGGACCCCAGCACUCGGAUUGCAGCCCGCCCGGCCCUGGCACAGUGCAGAGCCCUCAGCGUGGACUGGGCUGGCCCGGGGAGUCCCCACAGGCUCUACCUGACAGUGCAGCAGGCCCUGCAGGACAAGGGGUGCGAGAGCAAGAGUCAGGGGACAAAAGAAGACAAGCUCCUGAAGAGGCCGGCCCCCAGGCGGGACCGCGAGGCCCCGGAAGCUGGUGGCAGAAUGAAUAUAGAGAAAACAGGUAAAGGAGGUGGGCGGCUCUUUGGCAGCGGGAGGUGCUCCAGCCUGUCGGGGUCACCAGGUGCGGCCCCUGUGGUACACAGGAUGGUGGAGGCCAUGUCCCAGCUUCAGGAGGAGAAAUCCCAGCUUCAGGAGGAGCUGGUGGUCCUGCGGGAGAGGCUGGCCCUCCAUGACAGUGACCAGCACGCCACAUCCACCCAGCUGCAGAACCAGGUGGAGAAUCUGAAGGAGAAGCUCAUUAGCCAGGCCCAGGAAGUGAGCCGACUGCGAUCGGAGCUGGGAGGCACAGACUUGGAGAAGCACCGGGACCGGCUGAUGGUGGAGAAUGAGCGGCUGAGGCAGGAGCUGCAGGAGCUACGGGCGCAGCCUGCGGCGCCCUGCCCGGGCUGUGAGCACAGUCAGGAAAGCACCCAGCUCCGAGACAAGCUGUCCCAGCUGCAGCUGGAGGUGGCAGAGAACAAAGGCAUGCUGUCAGAACUGAACUUGGAGGUCCAGCAGAAGACGGACCGGCUGGCCGAGGUAGAGCUGCGGCUCAAGGACUGCUUGGCUGAGAAGGCACAGGAAGAGGAGCGGCUCAGCCGGCGCCUGCGGGACAGCCACGAGACCAUCGCCAGCCUGCGGGCCCAGUCACCACCAGUCAAGUACGUCAUCAAGACAGUGGAGGUGGAGUCAUCGAAAACCAAGCAAGCCCUCAGCGAGUCCCAGGCUCGGAACCAGCACCUGCAGGAGCAGGUGGCCAUGCAGCGGCAGGUGCUGAAGGAGAUGGAACAGCAGCUUCAUAGCUCACAUCAGCUGACCGCCCAGCUCCGGGCUCAGAUUGCCAUGUAUGAGGCAGAGUUAGAGCGAGCACACGGACAGAUGCUGGAGGAGAUGCAGUCCCUGGAAGAGGACAAGAACCGGGCCAUCGAGGAGGCCUUUGCCCGAGCCCAGGUGGAGAUGAAGGCUGUGCACGAGAACCUGGCAGGCGUCCGGACCAACCUGUUGACACUGCAGCCAGCCCUGCGGACCCUCACCAAUGACUACAAUGGGCUUAAGAGGCAGGUUCGAGGCUUCCCAAUGCUGCUGCAGGAGGCGCUCAGGAGUGUCAAGGCUGAGAUUGGCCAGGCUAUUGAGGAGGUCAACAACAACAACCAGGAGUUGCUGCGCAAGUAUCGCCGGGAGCUGCAGCUGCGCAAGAAGUGCCACAACGAGCUCGUGCGGCUGAAAGGAAACAUCCGGGUGAUUGCUCGUGUCCGGCCAGUCACCAAAGAGGAUGGGGAAGGACCCGAGGCGACCAAUGCCGUGACCUUCGAUCCUGAUGAUGACUCCAUCAUCCACCUGCUACACAAGGGCAAGCCUGUGUCCUUCGAGCUGGACAAGGUCUUCUCCCCAGGGGCCUCACAGCAGGACGUGUUCCAGGAGGUGCAGGCCCUGAUCACCUCUUGCAUUGAUGGCUUCAACGUCUGCAUCUUUGCCUAUGGCCAGACAGGUGCAGGCAAGACAUACACAAUGGAGGGAACCCCCGAGAACCCCGGCAUCAACCAGCGGGCCCUGCAGCUACUCUUCUCUGAGGUGCAAGAGAAGGCCUCCGACUGGCAGUAUACCAUCACUGUCAGUGCAGCCGAGAUCUACAACGAGGUCCUCAGGGAUCUGCUGGGAAGAGAGCCUCAGGAGAAACUGGAGAUCCGGCUGUGUCCGGAUGGCAGCGGGCAGCUGUAUGUGCCAGGGUUGACGGAGUUCCAGGUGCAGAGCGUGGAGGACAUCAACAAGGUGUUUGAGUUUGGCCACACAAACCGCACCACGGAGUUUACCAACCUCAAUGAGCACAGCUCCCGCUCGCAUGCCCUGCUCAUCGUGACCGUGCGAGGCGUGGACUGCAGCACAGGCCUCCGCACCAUCGGGAAGUUGAACCUGGUAGACCUGGCUGGGUCUGAGCGCGUGGGCAAGUCGGGAGCUGAGGGCCACCGCCUGCGGGAGGCACAGCACAUCAACAAGUCCCUGUCGGCCUUGGGGGACGUCAUUGCUGCCCUCCGCUCCCGCCAGGGCCACGUGCCCUUCCGCAACUCCAAGCUCACCUACCUGCUGCAGGACUCACUCAGUGGAGACAGCAAGACACUCAUGGUGGUACAGGUGUCCCCUGUGGAGAAGAACGCCAGCGAGACACUGUAUUCCCUCAAGUUUGCUGAGCGGGUGCGCUCCGUGGAACUGGGCCCUGGGUCUCGCCGCACAGAGCUUGGGUCCUGGUCAAGCCAAGAACAUCUGGAGUGGGAGCCAGCUUGCCAGACACCACAGCCCUCAGCACGGGCCCAUUCAGCCCCCACUUCUGGAACCAGUAGCCGCCCUGGCUCCAUCCGGAGGAAGCUGCAGCCCUCAGCCUGACGGCUGGGGCUGAUGUCUCCAGGGAGGUCGAGGCCAGUGCCUGUUUGAGGAUGCAUCAUCCUGCUGGGCCUGGAGCUAGGCCCAUAGACCGUGCCACCUGCUCCUGCUAUAGCACCGGGACAGCAGGAAACAGGCCCGUGGAUGAGAGUUCACCCACCAUGACUGCUCGGAUGAAGAACACGCGCAGAAGGAAAGCAGUGUCUAUGUGUGGCUGUAGGCAUGCGUGGCAGGGUCUGGAGGGCCCAGGAACCAUGGGAAUGGGGUUGGGCUGGUGGCACCUUGGCUCCUUUCACAGAAGGGGAACCUCCCACACAUCCCCAGUGGGGCAUGUACAUAGUGUUCCUAGGUGUACAUAGAGCCUGGCUCUGCCCAGGGCUGGGCCGUAUUUAUAGACGCAGAGGCCAGUGGGUGGGGUUCUGUGUCCCCUCGUCUGCCUGGCACCACUGGCUUCCUGACAUGCUGCUCUUCCCUCCACAAUCCUAUUUAAGACGUUUUGGAAGCUUAGCCAUUUUUGUUAAAAUAAAAGCUUUUUUACACA